CUUUUCGUCAAUACCCCGCCAUUGAGCUCAAUUACUUGACUGGUAUCAUUAUUGGAGGCCUCUUCACAUACUGGUCAAUCCCCCAAUCAGCCCAUUCCAGCAAAAAGCUCCACAUCCCACCCGACAUCGUACAAUUGUCAUCCGCUACCACCCCGCAAAACCCCCGCCAUGUCUUCCAAGUCGCAAUUGACCUACACUGCUCGUGCGAGCAAGCACACCAACCCUCUGGCCAAGCGCCUCUUCGAGAUCGCCGAGGCGAAGAAGACCAAUGUGACCGUCUCCGCCGACGUGACCACUACCAAGGAGCUCCUGGACCUCGCUGACCGCCUGGGACCCUACAUCGCCGUCAUCAAGACGCAUAUCGACAUCCUGUCGGACUUCAGCAACGAGACCAUCGAGGGCCUCAAGGCGCUGUCCGAGAAGCACAACUUCCUGAUCUUCGAGGACCGCAAGUUCAUCGACAUCGGCAACACCGUCCAGAAGCAGUACCACAAGGGCACCCUCCGGAUCUCGGAGUGGGCCCACAUCAUCAACUGCAGCAUCCUGCCCGGCGAGGGCAUCGUGGAGGCCCUGGCCCAGACCGCCGCGGCCGAGGACUUCGAGUACGGCGCCGAGCGCGGCCUCCUGAUCCUGGCCGAGAUGACCUCCAAGGGAUCCCUCGCCACGGGCCAGUACACCACCUCCUCGGUGGACUACGCGCGCAAGUACCAGAAGUUCGUCAUGGGGUUCGUGUCGACGCGGGCGCUGGGCGAGGUGCAGUCGGAGGCGAGCUCCGCCUCGGACGAGGAGGACUUUGUCGUGUUCACGACGGGCGUCAACAUCUCCUCCAAGGGCGAUAAGCUCGGCCAGCAGUACCAGACCCCCGCCUCUGCGAUUGGUCGCGGAGCCGAUUUCAUCAUCGCCGGUCGCGGGAUCUAUGCCGCGGCGGACCCGGUGCAGGCGGCGCAGCAGUACCAGAAGGAGGGCUGGGAGGCGUACCAGGCCCGUGUUGGCGGAAACUGAAAUUGAGUGAGGGGUGGCUGUUUAUUUUAGACGAUGUACAGGAUUAGC